AUGGGUUACACCGAGCAAGACUGGAAGGCGAUCAACACGAUCCGCCUGUUGGCCGUCGAUGCCACCUUCAACAGCAACUCCGGCCACCCCGGUGCGCCCAUGGGUAUGGCGCCGGUCGCCCACGUUCUGUUCAACAAGUUCAUGAAGUUCAACCCCAAGAACCCCAAGUGGGCGAACCGUGAUCGCUUUGUCCUCUCCAACGGACACGGCUGCAUGCUCCAGUAUGCCCUCCUCCACCUCUUCGGCUACGGCGUCUCCAUCGACGACCUGAAGAAGUUCCGCACGGUCGACAGCAUCACCCCCGGCCACCCCGAGGCUCACGACACCCCCGGUGUUGAGGUCACCACUGGCCCUCUCGGUCAGGGUAUCUGCAACGCUGUUGGUCUGGCCAUCGCCCAGGCUCACACCGCCGCCGUCUACAACAAGGACAACUUCACCGUUUCCGACAACUACACAUACUGCUUCCUCGGUGAUGGUUGCUUGAUGGAGGGUGUCUCCGGUGAGGCCUCCUCCCUGGCUGGUCACCUCCAGCUCGGCAACCUGAUUGCCAUCUGGGACGACAACCACAUCUCCAUUGACGGUGACACCAACGUCGCCUUCACUGAGGACGUUGUCAAGCGCUACGAGGCCUUCGGCUGGGAGGUCCUCACCGUCGAGGACGGCAACAGCGACCUCGACAGCAUCGAGAAGGCCAUUGCCCAGGCUCAGAAGUCCAAGGACAAGCCCACCCUCAUCCAGCUCAAGACCAUCAUUGGUUUCGGCUCCCUCCAGCAGGGCACCCACGGUGUCCACGGCUCUCCCCUCAAGGCUGACGACAUCAAGCAGCUCAAGGAGAAGUUCGGCUUCAACCCCGAGCAGUCUUUCGUCGUUCCCCAGGAGGUCUACGACCAGUACAACGCGCACGCCGCCGAGGGUGCUGCUGCCGAGCAGGAGUGGAACAAGCUCCUCAACUCGUACGCCGAGAAGUACCCCAACGAGGCCAAGGACCUCCACCGCCGUCUCACCGGCGAGCUCCCCGAGGGCUGGGAGAAGGCUCUGCCCGUCUACACCCCCGCCGACCCCGCCAUCGCUUCUCGCAAGCUUUCCGAGACUGUCCUGGCCAAGAUCGAGAGCGUCAUUCCCGAGCUUGUCGGUGGUUCUGCCGACUUGACUGGCUCCAACCUGACCCGCUGGAAGGCCGCCGUCGACUUCCAGGCCCCCUCCACCGGCCUUGGUGACUACUCUGGUCGCUACAUCCGCUACGGUGUCCGUGAGCACGCCAUGGGUGCCAUCAUGAACGGUCUCGCUGCCUACGGCACCAUCCUCCCCUACGGCGGUACCUUCCUCAACUUCGUCUCCUACGCCGCCGGUGCCGUCCGUCUUACCGCCCUCUCCCAGGUUCGCGCCAUCUGGGUUGCCACCCACGACUCCAUCGGUCUUGGUGAGGACGGCCCUACUCACCAGCCUAUCGAGACCCUCGCCCACUUCCGUGCCCUCCCCAACAACAUGGUCUGGCGCCCUGCCGAUGGUAACGAGACCUCUGCCGCCUACUACGUUGCCCUGACCUCCAAGCACACUCCCUCCAUCAUCGCCCUCUCUCGCCAGAACCUGCCCCAGCUUGAGGGCUCCGUCAUCGAGAAGGCCAUCAAGGGUGGUUACGUCCUGCACGAGGCCGAGAACGCCGACGUCACCCUCGUCUCCACCGGUUCCGAGGUCUGCAUCUGCGUUGAUGCCGUCAAGUACCUCAAGGAGAAGCACAACCUCACUGCCCGUGUCGUCUCCAUGCCCUGCACUGAGGUCUUCGAGGCCCAGUCCAAGGAGUACAAGCUCUCCGUCCUUCCCGACGGCCACCCCAUCAUGUCCGUUGAGGUCAUGAGCACUCUCGGCUGGGAGCGCUUCUCUCACGAGCAGUUCGGUAUCAACCGCUUCGGUGCUUCCGGACCUUAUAAGGACAAGUUCGAGUUCACCCCCGAGGGCAUCUCCAAGCGUGCGGUUGCCACCGUCGACUUCUGGAAGAGCGUUCCCAACGUCCGCUCUCCUGUCAACCGUGCUUUCCAGCAGAUCAUUUAA